UCUAAAGUUGAAGAGUUUUCCGUUUUACUUUUAGGAAGAGCUACGUGUGUGAAAUCUAGGAAAAUGUUGCUUGAAAACGAUGCCUUUCUAUCAGAACUUACCAGGAUGUUCCAAAGAUCCAAAAAUUCAGGUUCUGUGUCAAUAACAAUGAAAAGAUGGGAUGGACACAAUAAACCUAAACCAAGAACAGGCAAUCCUCCAGAACCAACUGAAUAUAAAUGUUUAUUUAGAGCAACAGCCAGAAAUAAGAAAAUAAGUACAGUGGUCAGUCAAAAAGAUGUAACAAAAUUCCAAAUGGCAUAUUGUACAUUACUGAAAGGCAACUUGGUCGCCUUAAAGAGAGGUGAAAAGAAAGAUACAACUAAAAAGAAAACAAAGGCAACAUAAUUAUUUGUAUUGCUCAAGGAAAUGAAUAUCAAAAGAACAUUUAAGGAGAAGCAGUAAAAGGAAAAUUUGUGUUGUUGAUUUUUUAAUUUUACGAUGCAGUGUAAGGAGACAGUUUAAGAUUUAUCCAUUAAUGACAGUGUUGUGAGAGGUGUAGGAUGGUUUUAUUUUUUGUAUAUAUAUAUAUAACAUUUUUCAUUAACUAUCCUUUUGAUUAUAAGUGUAUCAUUUUGAAAUCAUCCUGUAUUUCUGGACUUAGUCCGCAAAGAAUUCUGAUGUUAUGAUUAUCCAAGACAGCCAAAUAGGAUGACCGUAACUUUUUCAACAAUUAUUAUGGCAACAAGCUAAACUCAAGACAAAUUUAGUCAGUUGAAGUGAAUAUUUAUUAAAUGUUAAAGAUACAUUAUGUACGAUUUAGAUAAAGAGCUAGCCAUUCUUGCUAUAAUAGUUCGAAAAUAGAUAAUGUAAAAUGUAUAAUUUGAAAAUCUCAUUCAAAUUACUCUAUUACGAGCAAAGAUAUUAGCCUUUGAAUGUUUGACAAGACGUGAGCAAUAGUUUCGCUCCUCCAUUUUUAGCUUAAAUCAAAAUAUGGCUGAACUGUUAUAAUCUAUUUAAUAUCGGAGAAAUCCAAUGCCAUCGAGAGUUGAUUAUGGCUUGGAUAAGUUAAUGUCUAAUUAAUAAUUUAGAAAAAAAUUCAGGCCCAAAGAAAGACCUGCAAUAGGCAGAUUUAGCUCUUGCAUAAUGUAUGUUUAAUAAGAAGAAUUUUUGUUGUAUCAGUGCAUACAUAUUUUAUUUGUAUAUAUAAAUGGUUUGUUUAUUAAAUGUAAAUAUUCAUGUUGUACCUUUAAACACUUUCCCUGAAAAUUAAAAUGUUUAAUUUUCUUUUUAUAUUUUAUUUAACCUGGUCCACCCAUGUACACAUUGGCAUGCACGUAAAAGAACUUAUGAAAUUUUGAAUUCAAUCAAUCGUAGUCUUGAACACUGCUAUCUAGAAAAAAUUCUGCCUUCUAGCAGUAGAAACAAAAGUAAUUGUAUGUUAGUGCCAAAAUGACCAGAGUAUUGUGCUGACGAGAUAUUAAAUUCCUAUCCUAUCUUAA